AAAAUAGGGUUUCCGGUGGGACUUGGUAUCCUAUAUUCAGAGUUCAAACUUCAAAGCACGCAUAUAAACAAAAACAAGCCUCCUCCUUUUCAUGAAUUUGCAGCUUUCACAAACUUUCAAACGCCGAAAUCAAGUUUAAAGCCAAAAUAAAAAUAAAAAUAAGAAUUUGAUUUGCUACUCAAAUUUGUUCUUCAAAACCAUUCAAAGAAGAUAAUUAACUACAAAAGGAAAAGGGAAAAGAAGCCAUAACUUUGUUAUUGCAUGUAAAAGGAGAAACAAUGUCGAUGGAUCUCAAUGAUUACACUAUCAUCAAGGAAGGAGAAGCUGAGAUUCUUAUGCAUGCUAAAAAUGAAGUCUUUUUCAACAAAACUCAGGUUAACAACAGAGACAUGUCCAUUGCUGUCCUGAGGACAUUUAUAUCAAAACGGAAGCAGGAACAUGAGGCAUUGUUGUCUAAAAGAAACAAAAAGAACGGUUCUUCAUCUGAUGUAGAAGAUAAACCUAAUGACUGUGAUAUUAAUAUCGAAAAAUCCAAUGAUCAAGGGCUUGAAGAGAAGCCUAAUGAAGAUCCAUGUACUGCAUCUGAAGAACCAGUUAAGAUAGAGGGAAAAGUUCGGGGGAAGCUCAAACCACCAAGAGUUCUAGAGGCCUUGUCAGCAUCUGGGUUAAGGGCUCUGAGAUAUGCUCGGGAGGUAGAAGGGAUUGGCCAAGUUGUUGCCUUGGAUAACGAUAAAGGGGCAGUUGAAGCUUGCCAGCGAAACAUAAAAUUUAAUGGUUCUGUAGCAUGUUCAAAAGUGGAAUCACAUCUUGCUGAUGCUCGUGUUUACAUGCUUACUCACCCAAAAGAAUUUGAUGUGGUUGAUCUUGAUCCUUAUGGUUCACCUUCUGUAUUCCUGGACUCAGCAGUUCAAUCUGUUGUGGAUGGGGGCAUGCUGAUGUGCACUGCAACUGAUAUGGCAGUCCUUUGUGGGGGUAAUGGGGAGGUUUGCUAUUCCAAAUAUGGAUCAUACCCAUUGAGAGGGAAAUAUUGCCACGAAAUGGCUUUGAGGAUCCUCCUAGCCUGCAUUGAGAGUCAUGCGAACCGGUACAAGCGUUAUAUUGUUCCUGUUCUCUCUGUUCAGAUGGACUUUUAUGUCCGUGUUUUUGUUCGUGUAUACACUUCUGCAAGUGCAAUGAAGAAUACUCCCCUUAAGCUCUCAUAUGUCUAUCAAUGCAUUGGUUGCGAUUCUUUUCAUCUACAGCCUAUUGGGAGAACUGUUUCUAAGAAUACCAGUGUGAGGUAUCUCCCAGGCUUUGCACCUGUUGUCCCUCAAGAGUGUAGUGACUGUGGGAAGAAAUUUAACAUGGGUGGACCUAUAUGGUCUGCUCCCAUCCAUGAUCAGGAUUGGGUAACUAGCAUACUAGCAGAUGUAAAAUCAAUGAAGAAUUGUUAUCCUGCCUAUGAACGCAUCUCUGCUGUAUUGACUACAAUUUCGGAGGAGUUGCCCGAUGUUCCUCUCUUUUUGAGUCUGCACAACCUCUGUGCUACACUAAAAUGCACUUCCCCAUCUGCGGUUAUUUUCCGCUCCGCUGUCAUCAAUGCAGGAUAUCAAAUUUCUGGAACUCAUGUAAAUCCAUUGGGACUAAAAUCAGAUGCUCCCAUGGAUGUCAUUUGGGACAUAAUGCGCUGCUGGGUUAAAAAUCAUCCAGUGAAAGCUCAACCGGCUGAUCUGCCUGGAAGUGUGAUACUUGCCAAAGAACCAAUUCUUCAAGCAAAUUUUGCUCGAGCUGUUGCAUCCCUUAGCAAGGCACAAGCUAAGAAGGUUGCUCGCUUCCUCCCGAAUCCUGAAAGGCACUGGGGGCCAAAGCUUAGGGCAGGUCGCCAAAUCACCAGCAAGCACAUAUCUCUUUUGGGUGAAGAGGCAGUUAAUGGAUGUCUCAACGAUCAAGAUAGUGAGCGCGAUGCCAAGCGUCAAAAGAUUGAAAAGUCCAAUGAUGCGAUUGCAGAAUCAUAGAUUAGGAGGGUAGUCAAGCCAAAUUGGUAUCAUUCUGAUUGUUAGUGCCUCGUCAUUGCCUAAAAUUUAUCAUAAUUUGAUAGAGGCUGAAAUUCAUGGUUGUGCGACUAUGAUCAGUUUUGCAAAAUGUAUUCUGUUUGAGAACUAAUUUAAAUUUUGAAGCAAUUUAUUGCAGAUUUGUGGUUUCUGAAAA